UAGAGGAGCAGAUAGAGGAGGUUCAGGCAUGGAUCAAUUCUGUGGAGGCUCACCUGAUGAGAGAAAACAUCAAGAAGGUGCUGGGGGUGGUGUACCUCAACACCAUAAUCACUCAGAACACAAGCAUACCCACCUGUGGCCUGAUGGAGUAUCUCUCCAGAGACGCCAACGACCGAGCUUCAGAGGUCCUGAUCGGCCACAUCAAGAAGAAGAUGAACAAGCAGUCGUUCCCGGAGCGCUGCAGCCUGUGUCAGGCCGUGCUGCCCUUCUCAGACCACAAACAAGCGAUCUGUCAAAACGGUCACAUGUGGCUCAGGUGUGUGUUGUCAUACCGAGCCUGCCAAACGCUGACGUUCAGACGUUGCCUCCUGCUGGAUUCCAUCGCCAGACUGCCAGAGCCUGAGGAUCCAGAGUGGAUCAAGAAGAUCCUUCAGGCGCCCUGUAAUCUCUGCGACUCGCCGAUGAUCUAGACGAGACCGAACCGAAGGAACCGAAGGAACCUCAGGGCGUCCCUGCGACCACCAGAGUAUCCGUCUCUGACACAGGGUCCAAUUAUGUCAGAAAUCACUGCAGCAGUUUUUUAAUGUCAUGGUUUGAUUUCUUUAUUUUGGUAUCUUUUCAGUGCAAAUAAAAAGGCUUUGAUUAUA